CUGUGCUGUACGUGUUCAUAAUGCGACAUAUCUUCUACUUUAUUGUCGUAACAAAAAAUGUUUACUUAAUACAGUAGCUAAAUACUAGACGCAUACUUUUUUACAGUAUUAAUUUUUUAAAGAAUUUUCGAACUGAUGUAUUAUAUCGGGACAUUCAGUGUAUAGUUAUAAAUAUGCAAGAAUCGAAUAACAUGUUGGGAAUUUGCUGUAAAUUUCAUCGUGGUUGUAUCAGAACUCGGUAUAAUAGAAAUCAAAGUUAGUUUGACGCAAUCUACUCGUCACCAAACACGCGUUUUGGUGGGUAAUAUCCACAAGAAAAUAAUAAUUUUCUUUUAAUCAAUGUUUCAAAUGAUUUUUACUAAUGACGGAAAUGUGCAGAAAAUAUAGAUCUCACAUAAAAACAUAAUGUAUAUAUAUAGUCUGCACUGUUAACACUUGUGACAGUUUCUCUGUUGGUCCUACACUUUAUAUUUUAAGCUGUUAGAUAUUAGUUUAUAUUUUGCUUCUUCACUAUAAAAUGAUGGUUAUGGGUAUAUUGAUCAGUAGUUAACUUAGUUACCUAUAUUUUGUUAUGUGUAUCCCUAAUGUGACGUAUAGUUACGAUCACGACCUCAAUAGGCUGACAAAUGAUACUGAGAGCCUUUUUGACGAUUUCGUCAUUGUACUUGUACGGUAUACGAGAAAUAUACAUAGUUUACUCAUAUACAAUCCACGCAUACUCAUCAUAAAACAAACACCAACGACAACGAACCACAACGUAUCACAAUAGUACCACCAUGCUAUAUCACAAUAGCGGUGUGCUCGUGAAUUGGCUUCGGCGAGGAGGUGAGAGCUCCUCUCUGGUCGAAUCGCAGGCUUUUCCAUCAUCGCAGGUUGUGUGAUGAGUCCGUGUAUGUGUGUGUUUUAAAUUCGAAUUCGCUGUAGAACGUUGAACAUCUUUCUCCUUUUCUACGGAGCUCCCCGAAUCGCUCUACUAGCGGCGCGUGAGUGACCGGCCUGGUUUGUUCGCGAUAGCCGAUUGACCGUUAGAAAGUGCGUCUCUUGUAUGGGAACUUUUGGUAAAGUUCUUAAUUUAACCUGGUUCGCAGCGUUCUGUGCACGCGACGAAAAAGAGUAACAAUAAUGGAACAACAAAUUGUAUUUGUAACGCAUGACGGAGAGUACCAAGUACAGGACAUUCAGCCAGGCGAAGAUGGAACAGAAUUGGUACACGUCGAGGAGGCCGAACCCGGUGUCCAUAUUGGAACUGCUGACGGCGUUCAGGAAGAAGAAGCAUGCCAUCAGGAAACGUUGAAAGAGAUUACCGCUGAGCCCAUGGAUGAUCUAAAUCUCGAGUGUGAAGAGGAAGCAUUGGAGGCGUCUCCUGCAAAGCUGAUGGACCGGGCCCGCCUAGUCAAUUACCCUAUCCCUGAUCCGCGCCAAAAGCGCCGCAUGGAUCGUGAGGGCAGUAUGAUGCUUGCAGAACUCGUCAACCUACCAACACCUGUCAUUUUGGAAAAGUUACGACAACUAGAGAAUCUCGCACACAUUCUUGGACAGCAAGAGAUGAACGAGCUUACUCGAGCCGAAGUCCUAAAUAUCCUCUGAGCAAAAAUAGAUACCCACAUGAAUGAGAGAAUAAGCAUACCAACAAAUGUGGCUAACGCAAGGAUGCUCUGCACAGCCACCAUGGAUGUUUGGUAAUAGGCUAAAUAUGUCUUCGCUCAGUGACGAACAACAAUCUCCGAGAAGUCGACAUGUUAAGACUACAGUAGCCACUAUUACUAUUGUUUUUAGUAGUUUUUCAAACGAUUUGUUUCAGCCAGCAUUAGACAAACUCAUCGCCUGUAAACGACUAGGUACACACUACGCGACUGAGUGUGACUUACCGUCGGGCCGAAUGUGAACUAUUCUAUACAAACCACACAUGCACACAGAUAGCCACAUAGUUCACGCGAAGCCCAUACAACUACAAAACAUACGUCUUCAUACGCAUUAUUGUAAAUCUUCUGUAAACUUCAAAGGGUUGGUCGUUGAUAAUCUGACCGGUUUGAGCAGGUCUAGUUAAAUAUGACACAACAACCAAAAAGGAUCUGAUUGGUGACGAAUAGAUUGUAUACGUUUUGACAAUGAUAAAUAGAAUAGGAGAGCUGAGCAAGCUAUGUUGCAAAAAUGUUUUUUAUAAGAACUAUUACAUGGGCGAAAGAAAUAGACUCCUGGCAUGCAAAUCACAAAGAGGCCAUUCCGAUAUACCCUAUGCUUUAAUGGAAUAGUAGAAAUAUCUGAGCAUAAUUCGUUACUCAACAACGAAUAAUAACGUGUUUAAAGGAGAUUGUGGUAAGGAUACGGAGAUAGGUGUAUAUGUUUAUUAAGAGAGGCUAAAGAAGAUGCAGCUACUGAGUCAACACUGGCAAACCUAUUGCUAAUAAUAAUAAUGGUUAUAAUGAAGCAUAUAUUUAUGUUAUCGUGGUUAACGGAAAAUAUAGAAUUGUAUUUGGUUAAAGUAAACUGUGAUUGUACUAUUUCAAACGAAUCGAUAGGUUCAUUUUUGACUUCAUUGCUGGUAUAAUUCUUGUUAAUAGAUAUAAAUUUGAUAGAUACUUGCGGUUCUCAAGAGCAACGAAUAGGUGCAAGUUCAACUAUAGCAAAUAAGUUGAGCCCUUAGCUCUCUAAAUUAGCGAUAAGGUGUCUUUAAAGAAUUUGGAAUUGUUAGCGAAUUCAGAUCUUCUAGAGAAUGCACUAGCAAGUAUAAUAAAAAAUCGUUUCUAGCAAGGAGCCACAUUUUGGGUCAUCAAAAAGGCAUUAAUUUUUUUUUUACUUAAAAUCAAAAGUUAGUAAAAGUUUUGAUAACGUGUGGUAUUUUGACUAGGAUGCGCUCCGUGGAACAUGUCUGGUAGCCUGUGGGCUAGAGAA